UCCACGGUUCCAUAUCGCGACCGGCCGCGCACCUUUCGCUGCACGCCGACAACACUGGCUAGAAAAAAAAAACAUAUUUUAAAUUUCGAAUUUCGAACACCGAAGAUAAGCCCGCCUUCUUGUUUAAUUUAUUUUUAAUUUUUUCAAACGAAAGUUUUGACAGCGUUAUUUUUUGUUUGUAAAAGAAAUAUAGUGUUUGUGAAAAAUGGUUCGCAAAAUCGGUGGACUUUUGUGUUGUCUUUGCGUUUUCGGCAUUUCUCUGAGUGAUAGCGCCAUAUCAGCUGAUUCUGAGUCGCGAUGCCGCAACCCGCCUACGGCUCCUCAGAAGAUAGAACGAGUCAUAACUCUGUGUCAGGAUGAAAUCAAACUGUCCAUACUAAGAGAGGCUCUUGACGUGAUCAAAGAAGAACACACGAUGCCUGCACAGAGGCGGCGCGACAAGCGAGAGGUGCCCUUCACGCACGACGAGAAGAGAAUUGCUGGGUGCUUGCUGCAGUGCGUGUACAGAAAAGUGAAAGCCGUGGACGGCUACGGCUUCCCGACGCUGGAAGGCCUGGUGGGGCUGUACUCGGACGGCGUCAACGAGCGCGGCUACUUCAUGGCGGUGCUCGAGGCUUCGCGCGAGUGCCUCAUGAAGAACCACGAUAAAUUCUCCAGAUCUGUUCCUAUGGACAACGGACGCAACUGCGACGUUUCGUUCGACAUAUUCGAGUGCAUCUCUGACCGCAUCGGCGAGUACUGCGGCACUUCAGGACUCUAACCACAUUCUUAUAUAAUAUUACAGCAAUGCACUAAAACACUGCCUUUAUACAAAUGUUCUAAAUAAACUGUCCAUGUAGGUGUAACCGCAGUACACAUUUACAUCACUUUGUACACAUUUAGAUCAUUAUAUUUUUGGAGUUUUUUUUUUUAGUUUUUCGAAAUUUUACUUGUCUAAGGUGAUUGGUAAUUAGUGACAAAUCUAUUCAUGAUUGCAACAGCCUUCUCAAAUAACCUUUUUUUUAUAUGUAUCUUCGUAGUCAGUUAUUGGGAGUAUCACUAAUGGCCAGGCUGCAAUUAUACCAGUCAUCCUAUAUAAUCAAAGAACAAAUUAAAGAAAAAGAAUUCAAUAUACAUAUUGCUUAAAAUAACAAAAUUGGCUAAUACAUACUAUAUUUUUUUUUUUAUAUUAUACAUAAGUUACCAACACGAAACAAACCACUAGAGUUAAGUUACAUGUACAUAGAUUGUAAUUAUACUAAAAUGUGAUGCUCAAUAAUUUUAGUUGUAAGGUAGCUCUAUAGUUUUCUAUUCCGUAAAUACCCAGAAUUUUGACAAAGAAACUGAAAUAAAUUGAAUUGAAAGAAAUUUUUUACAAAGAAAAUGAAAUAAAAUUCCUGCUACGGAUCCGAAACGUUGGGAUUAAGUAAUAUUAAUAUAGCCGCGAUAAAAUCCGUACAAGUAUUUUUUUAUGUCUAAUAUUCGCUAAAGUGUCAGAAAUCAAAAGGAAAUUACAUAAGUGUUCUAAUGCGUUCUUUUAUUAAGAAAGCUUAAAUAAUUAUUUAGCUCAACUGUGAACCAAGACAAUGAAAAAGCUUAUUUAUAUUAUUAUAAUUGGAGACAGAUUAUUUGGAGGUAUUGAUGUAGUCUGCUGUCCCUUUUUAUUGGGACCUUAACGUUAUUCCCUACUUCAAUAGAAUCUUGGCAAAAUUAUUUAAAGGAAACAAUAAAUUCCAACAUAACUUGGUAGUUUCAUAUUGAACAGUAAUAUCUAUUGCACAUGAUUACUCUUACUUCUUAAAUUAGCUGAACCUUAACGAACUGAUAGAUUUAACAUAGCUUUAAGUUUUAUGUAAUAAAGUUCUGUAUAUAUCUA